ACAGCCGCGCUCUCUCUCUCUCUCACUGUCCUUGUCUCGACGAGCAUAGCAAGAGAAUAGAAAAAAAUUGGAAACGAUAAACAAGAAUUUGUUGAUCCAUCCAUCCAACACCUUAAAUGGGUCCCAAAUUCCGACCACAAAUCCUUCUUUUCUUUCUCUUUAGGCGCCACAAGUUCGCUAUUUCUCAUCAAUUAUCCACAGCAGAUAGCUUUUUGUUGAAACUGAGAGACGGGGAGAGCUCUGUCUUUUACCCCCGCCCCCCUUUUUUCAUCCUUAGUGGGCAUCUCUCUUUUUUCUCCCCUCUUCUUUUUCGAUACUUUCUGAUGAGCUUCUUGAUUCUCAUUUGAUUUGGGAAGUUGCAGAACAUGGCGAGCACACUGGAAAAACAGGGGUCUAAAGAGGGUAUUCUGUUCCUGGAAUUGCCUGCUCCUCCUGGUUGGAACAAAAAGUUUCUACCCAAGUUAGAUGGGAUCACUAAGAAAAAUGAAAUCAUCUUCAUAGCUCCUACAGGGGAGGCGAUCCAUAACAAAAGGCAGCUGGAUCAGUACUUGAAAUCACAUCCAGGUAAUCCAGCAUCUUCUGAGUUUGAUUGGCGUACUGGUGAAACGCCUAGAAGAUCAGCUAGAAUUAGUGAGAAGGCAAAGGCAACUCCCCCCUCACCUCAAUUGAACGACGUAAGAAACGAACACGAAAACAAGCUCUUUCGAAAAAGGUUGAGGUUAAAGAGACAGUUGUUGUCCCAUACGGUUUGGAGGAGGUAGAGUUCAUAAGGAAGACGAGACCAAUGUCGAUAGCGAGGUGAAAGAAAUACACGAGGAGGAAAAGUAUGAAAA